CUUCCAUCCCGCUCUCCGACCGUCUGCCCAAGCCAUCGAGCACUUGAGCUCCUUCGUCGCCAUCUUCGACAUGACCGGACUGGACGCGAAUUGAAACAUCCCUGUGUGCGAGACUGAGGGCACCCGAAACAAUUCCACUCGCCCCGUUCGUUCGAGCAUGCCCGUGGGCUAGGACGGGACGUGAGUGUUUCUGCGGCACAGUUCGGGACUUGGGGAAGGGCGCGGCCACCCCUUCGUACCGUAAUCCGUAUCCACCAUGGACAUAUGGGGGAAGUCGAAGAAACACCAACAGAUUGUCGAGCCGCCAGAGAAACGAAUUUCAACGCCGGCUGGCCAGCGCCUCUCCGUCAUCCUUGAGAAUGGCGACACUCCCCGUACUACGAAGACACGUGACUCCCGCAUCUCAAUGCGAAAGAGUACCACCCUGGGUUUAGGAGAUGCGCCGCGCGAGAGCAUUGAAGAUCAGUCCAACAAUUCGUCUGGUUAUUCUUAUAGUGUGUGGUCGGGUGAGAAUACAGCCGGCGAGAAAUUUGGUGCGAUUAGGAAUCAUAAGCAAGUUGUGAAAAGAGGGGGGUGGAAGCGGCUGGCACUGAUAAUUGCAGUGAUACUGGCAAUAAUAAUAGCCGUAGCAGUGGGAGUCGCUGUAGGACUAAAGAAAAAGCAUAGCUCAUCGAAGCAUUCAGAUUCCCAAGGAUCUGCCUCCGUCGUCUCAGGCGCUGCUUAUACUGGCUCCCCAACGGCAACCGUUUCUAUUUCUCCUACCUUAAUACCGUCCAACUUCCCCCUUGGAUCCUACAGCAUGGUCACCUUCCUCGACACCGUCCAAGCGAACUGUACAUCGAAUGCUGCAACAUGGACGUGCUACCCAUACACCAUCUUCAACUCCGACCCCAACAAAGCAGUCGCCACAUUCAAUUGGAUAAUAUCCUCACCUUCAACCGGGAAAUACCAAAUCUCCAGCACCGAGAACCCUUUCUCUAUUUCGUUCACCAACCAGGACCUUGAAUUGCUAGAUAAAGGCCAAGAUACAGAGCGCUAUCACUUCCAGCUUACCCAGACAAAAACGGUGUCACCCUCGUCAUCGGUGACCAGUGAUAAUGCGGCGGUCGAGUGCAAUUUUGAAGGCACAUCACUGCAAGCUUUCCUAUACACAAAAAUGGGAAAGUCGUAUCCCGAUACCUCGAAGGGGGAAACGUCAGGGAAUCCGAGUUUCCCUGUAUGGCCAUUCGCUGUGCGUGUGGAACAAGCAGUCGGGGGCGGGCAAGACAUCCCUACAUGCUACAAGCUCAACAACGGAUCUAAAGGAGAGAAAAUCACAGAUGGAAUCUCAUCCCAGGACGCAGGGUCCCUUUGCUCUUGCCUGUACAAGAAUUGGAGGACGCCUACCCAUUGAUAUCUGGCCGGCCAUCUACGAAUUACCCACGUUUGUCUCGUCUCGUUCGGCUCUGUGACGCGUGCUGCACUUCCUUCCUCUUGAACCCUGGCUGUAUCCGUAUAUAUUUGUUAACUGUUUCACUGGAAGAUGUUUCAUAUCAGGUCAAGCGAGGAGUUAUCGGGGCGUAUAUUUGUCGUUUUACUCCCUGGCAGAGAUAUUGUAGUUUAGAAUAUACUGGCCUGGGCCGGAUGAUCU